UUAAGGCGGAGUUCGGGCGUUCUGACAGCACCAGAGCAGGGCAGCAGAGAAGGGCUGGGCUGGCACUCACACACGACCCCCCUUUCCUGCUAUGAUGGUCCGUCAGUAGCAGGUUCCAGACCCCCCUGGGGACAUGUAGGCAGAGCUAGCAGCAGCCAGGUGCGCAGAGCCACGAGAGCUCUAGGGCACUCUGGGGGCAGCUCUGCCUGCUGCGCCUUUCUGGUGCCUGUGGAGAUGCCCAACUGACAGGCGAGUUAGUGAGAACAACGGUCCCUUUUGGCCCCAAUCCGUUGUACCCAUGGCGCUGCCGGCCAGUCUGCUGCCCCUGUGCUGCUUGGCACUUCUGGCGCUGCCGGCCCAGAGCUGCGGGCCAGGCCGAGGGCCGGUUGGCCGGCGCCGCUAUGUGCGCAAGCAGCUCGUGCCGCUGCUCUACAAGCAAUUUGUCCCCAGUGUGCCCGAGCGGACCCUGGGCGCCAGUGGGCCGGCCGAGGGGAGGGUAGCAAGGGGCUCCGAGCGCUUCCGGGACCUUGUGCCCAACUACAACCCAGACAUCAUCUUCAAGGAUGAGGAGAACAGUGGCGCCGACCGCCUGAUGACCGAGCGUUGUAAGGAGCGGGUGAACGCGCUGGCUAUUGCAGUGAUGAACAUGUGGCCCGGAGUGCGCCUGCGGGUGACCGAGGGCUGGGACGAGGACGGCCACCAUGCUCAGGACUCACUCCACUACGAAGGCCGUGCCUUAGACAUCACCACGUCCGACCGCGACCGCAAUAAGUAUGGGUUGCUAGCGCGCCUAGCAGUGGAAGCCGGCUUCGACUGGGUCUACUACGAGUCCCGCAACCACGUCCACGUGUCGGUCAAAGCUGAUAACUCACUGGCAGUGCGGGCGGGCGGCUGCUUUCCGGGAAAUGCCACUGUGCGCCUGCGGAGCGGCGAGCGGAAGGGGCUGCGGGAACUGCACCGCGGAGACUGGGUGCUGGCGGCGGAUGCGGCAGGCCGGGUGGUGCCCACGCCGGUGUUGCUCUUUCUGGACCGGGACUUGCAGCGCCGGGCCUCGUUUGUGGCUGUAGAGACCGAGUGGCCCCCUCGCAAACUGUUGCUCACUCCCUGGCACCUGGUGUUUGCCGCUCGAGGGCCGGCGCCUGCGCCAGGCGACUUUGCACCGGUGUUCGCGCGCCGGCUACGCGCUGGGGAUUCGGUGCUGGCGCCUGGCGGGGAUGCACUUCGGCCGGCGCGCGUGGCCCGCGUAGCGCGGGAGGAAGCCGUAGGCGUGUUCGCGCCGCUCACCGCGCACGGGACGCUGCUGGUCAACGAUGUUCUGGCCUCAUGCUACGCGGUUCUAGAGAGUCACCAGUGGGCACACCGCGCCUUUGCUCCUUUGCGCCUGCUGCAUGCACUGGGGGCUUUUCUCCCUGGCGGGGCUGUCCAGCCGACUGGCAUGCAUUGGUACUCUCGGCUCCUCUAUCGUUUGGCGGAGGAGCUGCUCGGCUGAGCGCCCCAGGCAUAGAAACCUUAAGGCGCCCAACGAAACCGGGCAUGCUGGCUGAGAUCUGGGGUUGCGGGCAGCAGAUGAUACUGAUUGGGAGAGGGAGGGAGGGAGGGAUAGGGAGAAAAAUGGGGCUCUAUGGGAACUGUCUGGUUUAGGGGCAACUUCGAACUGAGAGGAGAUGUUCCCGGUCCUAGGUAGGUGGGGAUGAUGGUGGGCACUCCUUGACAAGGACUAUAUAGCCUCUUCCCCAGUGCCUCAACCCCACCCAAUAAUUUUAUUUUCUAUUUAUAAAUUGUAAUAUAAUGAUCUGCUUGCCCAGCCUGCCAAGAUGAGGGGCUGGGGCAUGGCGUUAACACUGUCUGACACAGCCAGCCAAUCUGAUGUCUGACAUUUUCCUGGUGGGCUAAUAAAGGGAAGGCUUCCAGGAGCUUAUUGGAAAA